UUUUAUACGAAAUUAAAAUCAUUCAUUUAUUUUAUUUAUUGCAAGCAAUAAAAAACUUAUCUGUAUCACAUUAUUAACCUUGUUAAUGAUAAGGCAGGAUUGUUUUAAUUAAUUCGUGUUAAUUGAGACAGGCAGUCAAUUUACACCAUGGUUGUAGAAGUGCCGAAAAUCCAAUUAGGAAAUGGACAGACGAUGCCGAUUGUCGGACUUGGAACUUACGCGCGUAAAGCGGAACCAGGCCAGUACCGGCAAGCAGUAGAGUGGGCUAUCGAGGCAGGGUACCGGCACAUUGACACAGCCUCCAGCUACCACAACGAGCAGGAGGUUGGGGAGGGGAUAGCUAAUGCCAUCAACAAGGGACUGGUUACUCGACAGGAACUGUUCAUCACUACCAAGUUGUGGAAUGACUGUCAUGCAGAGGCUGAUGUUAUCCCGGCACUGGAGAAGUCCUUGGCAAAGCUGAAACUGGACUAUGUGGACCUGUAUCUAGUGCACUGGCCUGUCUCUGUUAAUGCUUCAGGAGAAGAUAUGGGUAUCGACUACCUGGAGACCUGGCGUGGAAUGGAAGAAGCCGCGCGUCGAGGGUUGGCGCGCGGCAUCGGCGUGUCUAACUUCAACGCCGAUCAGCUGCAGCGACUGAUACGGGUUGCCCAGAUCAAGCCGCUUGUGAAUCAGAUAGAGGUAAACCCAACGCUGACUAACCACGAGCUAGUCAACUUCUGCAAAGCCAACGGCGUGGUCGCGGUAGCGUACACCGCGCUAGGACUGCUAUCGGAGGCUCGGCCAGAGUUUGCAGACAAAGAUGUUAUAAAGACGGACGCGGCGCUAGGACGGGUCGCCGAGCAACAUGGGAAGACUAGGGCGCAAGUCGUGCUUAGAUAUCUGAUCCAACGCAGCAUCCCCGUGAUCCCGAAAUCUUUCACGCAGUCUCGCCUAGCAGAAAACCUGAACAUCUUCGACUUUGAGUUGAGCCCCGCCGACAUGGAUGUAGUGGACUCAUACAAUAUCAACCACCGCUGCGUGCCUGCCACGGGAUUUGCUAAACUCAAAAAUUACCCUUUCUAAUUUAUAGUGACUACAGUUCAAAUCUACUAUAGUUUUACUAUACUUUUAUCUCAGGUGGUUGGCAGAGUAGUUUUGUGCGGCGAUUUUCCAGUAGAAAAUAGCUGAGUUUUGGCACUAAAACUAGUUUAUUUACUGAUUUAACUUACUUAACAUAAUAUAAAUCUGUUUAACCUUUUAACCGCUUACGAUUUUUCAUCGUGCGUGCUCGUGACGCCGCCGGUACGAAGUUAUACGAAGUUUUGUCUUAUUUAUUAGACUGCGGCGAAAUGAGCUGGAUAUUGUAUGUCUUAUGUAUCAGAUUACGGCAAUCAAAAGGUUAAAUGUCUCAGCCAUUUAUCAGAGGCCCGCCAAGUUAUUAUCAUAUCAAAUUCGACAUGGUUUUCACUUCUUGUAUUUAGAGUUGUUAGUAGUGGUUUAAUAGCACGUGCAUUUAAUAGGAUUAGUUAUACAAAGAGCAACCCUGGGCUUAUACAGUGUAUAUUUGUAAAAUAUAGACUUCUCUAUGAACACUAUUGCGAAAAAUUUAGUUAGUUUUAACUAAAGUCAGAUCAAGAUAAGUAGGCAACGAUUUCGUUAACCCUAACAGUGCAAGUGUUAAGUAAACGUCAUAUUUUCAUAGUAGUUUAUCGUUUAAAAUAGCACUUGCACCGUCUGGGCUAUCAAAAUCGCUGCCAACUUAACUUGGUCCGAGUGUACACAAUUUUACAUGUAGUUUGUAAGAAAUGUCACGAAUUUACACAAGAUAGGAUACUCAUAAAUAUUUAUCACCGCAAGUGCUUCGCAAAUAUUGUAAUAUUUAUAACUACAAUUUACCUAUGUAUAAUUUUAGUUAUGAUGAUAUCUUUUAUCUAAUCGUCUACACUAUAUGUAUGUUAUUUUUAUAGUUACACUAGUUGUUGCUCGGGACUUCGUACGCGUGGAUUUGCAUUUUCUGGCAAAUCAACUUUGUCAGUAGAAAAUGGCGCGAAAUUCAUAUUUUCUAUGGGAGGGCAACGCUUUGUGCCUACAUUUUUAAAAUUUGCCGCACUUUUCUAAUAGCGGAAAUGGCUUGCCAAACUAUAUGUUGGUUGUUAUUUAUUCUACAUCAGCAUAGAACAUAGUGCAGCAAAAGAUAGCAGUAGGGUUAAUAAUUUGGUAAUACACAAGCGGUACAAGCGGUGGUGGCCGAGUGGAUAUGACGUCCGACUUUCAAUCCGGAUGUCGUGGGUUUAAAUCCUGGGUCGUACCAAUGAGUUUUUCGGAACUUAUGUACGAAAUAUCAUUUGAUAUUUACCACUAGCUUUUCGGUGAAGGAAAACAUCGUGAGGAAACCUGCAUACAUCUGCGAAGAAAUUCAAAGGUGUAUGUGAAGUCCCCAAUCCGCAUUGGGCUAGCGUGGGGACUAUAGCCCGAGCCCUCUCGCGCGUGAGAGGAGGCCUGUGCCCAGCAGUGGGACGUAUAUAGGCUGAAUAAUUAAUUUAAUUAAUUAUAAUUAAUAAUUUUACAACCCAUAAUAUUUGUGUGCCUCAAUCUACGAAGGUUCGAACCCCUAAAGGUGCUGAUAGACUUGAGCAUUCACUUGUGAUGAGCAUUCUCGCGAACAGAAUCUGCUUAAAAACCGAUGUUGUCUCGCGAGUCUCUUAAUUAUGCCGAGAUAGAAGACAUUUAACAAUGUUGUUAGAGUUAGACCAAGCUAACUUAGCAGCGAUUUUGAUACUGUGCAAGUGUUAUUUAAAACGUCAUCAUUUUAUAGAAGUUUGACAUUUAAAAUAACACUUGCGCAGUAUGUGGUCUGUGCUAUCAAAAUCGCUGCCAACAAGCUAAGUUGGUUGGUCUAACUUUACCUUAUUGUUAAUCUUAAUGUUAUAAUUAUGUUAUAUGUUUAAUGGGGUAUGUGUAAUGUAUUUGAUGAUGAUUCUUAUUUGUUUAGGUACGAAUGUUUCUUUUACCGAAUACUGGAUUUUAUUUUGUAAUUUUCAUUGUGUUGGUUCAUUUGUAAUUUGUAUUUUUGGAAAUAAACAUUCAUUAUUCAUGAGGA